UCGAUCGUCAUGACAUGCUCCCCACUACCAUUCUAAUAGCCGACGUUGGACUGGAUUCAGCUCUGGAUUGGCCUUUCUAUCUUAUUUUAGAGUCAGUGCAGUCAGUUGCACUCCAGCCGUUGUGAACGGUGUCAAAUAGAUCGCAGAAAUAAAUAUACAAGUGAGUGCAAAUAUUUGAAUUAAGGGUAGCAAAGAUGGCGGAUAGGAUAUAUUAUCCAAAUGCUGAGCUUGCAAGAACAGCAUAUUGCAAUAGUGUGGAACAGUAUAAACAAAUGCAUGAAAAAUCUAUUAAGCAUCCAGAAGAAUUUUGGGGUGAAAUAGCAAAACAAUUUUACUGGGAAACAACUUCAUCAAAUGACAAAUUUUUUUCUUACAAUUUUAACCGUAACGACGGGGAUAUUUUUAUAAAAUGGAUGGAAGGUGCAUCAACGAAUAUUAGUUUCAAUCUUCUAGAUAAAAACGUUAAAUGUGGAAAUGGUGAUAAAAUCGCAUUUUAUUGGGAAGGUAACGAUAUUGAAGAUUAUUCACGAUUGACUUACCGAAAAUUGCUUGAAGAAACUUGUAAAUUUGCCAACGUCCUCAAAUCUAAAGGUGUUCAAAAAGGUGAUCGAGUAGCAAUUUAUAUGCCAAUGAUUUUAGAAUUGCCAAUUGCAAUGCUUGCCUGUACUAGAAUUGGCGCCGUCCAUAGUGUUAUUUUUGCUGGUUACUCAUCAGAUUCGUUAGCUGAAAGAGUGUUGGAUUCUAAAGCCAAGGUUCUAUUAACGGCAGAUGGUGUUUGGCGUGGUCCAAAAUUUUUGAACCUAAAAUCAAUUUGUGAUCAAGCAAUGGCUAAAGUUAAAUCUCAUGAUCAUAAGGUGGAAUCUUGUAUUGUUGUAUCACAUCUACGGCGUGUGACCAGUCCUCCAGGAAGCACAUCAGACGGGGAGAAAACAAAAAAUAUUAACAACGGGACCACUAAUGGAAGGAGCAAUGAAAUGAAUCUUUCGUGGGAUGACGACCGCGAUUGUUGGUGGCACGAAGAAAUGGAAGAUGCUGAAGCAAGUUGUUAUCCAGUUUGGGUUGCAGCUGAAGAUCCUCUUUUCAUUCUUUACACUAGUGGUUCAACUGGGAAACCAAAAGGCGUUCUUCACACUACCGCUGGUUACUUAAUUUACGCUGCCACAACAUUUAAAUACGUCUUUGAUUAUAAACCAAAUGAUAUUUAUUGGUGUACGGCAGAUAUUGGUUGGAUUACGGGUCAUACAUAUGUAGUGUACGGCCCAUUAGCUAAUGCUGCAACUUCAGUGUUGUUUGAAGGGACACCAUUUUAUCCACAAAACGAUAGAUACUGGUCGGUGAUUGAAAAAUAUAAAGUUUCACAAUUUUACACAGCACCGACAGCCAUCAGAAGUUUAAUGAAAUUUGGAGAUGAUUUAAUAAAAAAAUAUAAUCUUAGGUCCCUUAAGGUUCUUGGGUCAGUUGGAGAACCAAUUAAUUCUGAGGCUUGGUUGUGGUUUUAUAAUUUAAUUGGUCAGGGUAAAUGUAGUAUUGCAGAUACAUUUUGGCAAACAGAAACUGGAGGACAUGUCAUAACACCACUUCCGGGAGCUACGCCAAUGAAACCUGGAUCAGCAACAUUCCCAUUUUUUGGUGUACUCCCAGAACUUUUAGAUGAAGAUGGUAAAAUAAUUGAAGGUGAAGGUGAGGGAUAUUUAGUCUUCCGACAGCCUUGGCCAGGUAUGAUGAGAUCACUUUAUGGAAAUCACGAACGCUUCGAAACUGCAUAUUUUGAUAAAUUUAAUGGCUUCUACUGUACAGGAGAUGGAGCAAGACGUGAUGCUGAUGGUUAUUUUUGGGUUACCGGUCGAAUUGAUGACAUGCUCAACGUUUCUGGACAUCUUAUGUCAACGGCUGAAGUAGAAAGUGUUUUAGCAGAACACACAGCAGUUGCUGAAGCGGCAGUUGUCAGUAAGCCUCAUCCAAUAAAAGGGCAAUGUCUUUACUGUUUUAUUACAACUAAUGAGGGAAAAAACUUUGACAAACAAUUGCAAGAUGAACUUAAAAAAAAAAUAAGAGAACGGAUUGGACCAUUUGCACAACCAGAUGUAGUUCAACAUGCUCCAGGCCUGCCUAAAACACGCUCAGGAAAAAUAAUGCGAAGAAUACUUAGAAAAAUUGCAAUUGGUGAUCGUAAUGUAGGAGAUACUUCAACUUUAGCUGACGAGAGCGUUGUUGACUUACUUUUUCAAUUGAGGCCAAAUGCUUGAAUAAAUUAAGAGAAAAUUAGUAAAAAAAAUUAAUAAAAGUAUAAUUAAAAACCAAAUUAGCACUGGCUUCAUAAAACAUUUUAUAAAAUAGGAAACAUUUAAUUCUUCUAGUAUUUUUUCAUUUGACGAUUUUUUUUAAUUUCACCCAAAAAGUUUAUGGAAAGUUAUUUGAAAACGCAAAUAUAGCAUUAUAAUGCUUAAAUUCAUUAAAACCACUCUUAGUAACAAUUUUUAAUUUAUCCUUCAGAUCUAAGUAAUUAUAGUAUUUUCAUCUAUUAACAUUUAAUUUAAGAAAAAAAUCAGAUUAAAUAUUUUUUUUGCGAUUUCCCUUAUUUUUAUCAAUUUCGUUUUUUAAUAAACCAUUUAUAAUUUUAAUAAAAAAAAACAAGAAAGUGAACAAUGAAAGUAAUACCAUUAUUGAUUAUAAACGACAUAAUAUUACUAUGAAAGUGAUAAUCUUAUUAUAAAAAAAAAUUAUUUAAUGUUGAGUAAAAAGUAUUUAAAAAGAAAAAUGUUAUAAUAAUAAAUAAAAUGAAGCUAUAAAAAGUCUAUAUGAAAAAAUACGCACUAACAUCAACGCACGUUAAUUAUUUUACUGAAAUUUUUCAGAAACAAUUAUAUGAGGGAAGGUGAAGCACAGUGAAAAUAUUACUAGAUAUCUGGUUUUAAUUCAUAUUCAAAGUAAUCCAUUGAUUUAUAAAGCAAUCAGUUAUAAAUUAGUGAAUCACUUCAAACGCUGUGUUAAUAACAGAUAGGAAUAUCACAGUUGGUAUCAAUAUGUUAUCUUAUCUUUCAUCUUUUCCAAGAGAUAUAUAUAUAUAUAUAUAUAUAUAUAUAUAUAUAUAUAUCAUGUAUUAGAUCAAUUCAAAAAAAUCGACAAUUUUUUUAACUUCCCGCUAAGAAACUUUAAAAUUUUCAAAAAUUCGGUAAGUUAUUGGUUUCAGUACGAUUUCCGAAAACCGAAUUUCUAUCAGAUAUUAACGUUUUGAGGUUCUAGGAAGUUAUUCUGACUAAUUUCACGAUGAUGUCCGAGUGUAUGAUAUUGAUAGGUUCGUCGGAAGAGUUAUCGAGAAAAAAAAUUUUGAAAACCGCCUGACCCUGCAGGCCAGUCCCAAAACUGCCCGCUGUUUUCGAGUUCAGGGAGCUUGUAAAUUUUUGUUAGAACGAAUGAACUGAUUCAAGCGUUCGUGAUGGCAAUCAAAAAAGCUUGCCAAUAAAGAACUGAUUACAUAUUAGGGCGAAUCGGUCAAGUCGUUUAUGAUUUAUACGCAAAAAACGUAAAAAAAAAAAUUUUUUAUUUUUAUUUUUCUCAUAACUUGUGAACUACAUGACCGAUCAACUCCAAAAUCUAAUCAAUUUCAAGUCGGUGAGCCCUUUCGAUUGCCAUGAAGAACGUUCAAAUCGGUUGAUUCGUUCCAAAGAUAUCUUCAGAUAAACAAAGUUCACAUGCACACACACACACACACACACACACACACACACACACACACACACACACACACGCGCAGACGUCCAGAAAUAGUCAGAAUAGCUUCCUCAGAUCUUAAUACGUUGAAAUCUAUUGAAAUCUCGAUUUUCGAAAAUCGGACCGAGACCAAUAACUUCCCGCUAUGAAAAUUGCAAAUUUUCAUAGCGGGAAGUUAAAAAAUAGUCGUUUUUUUUAAUCAGUCACACACAUAUAUAUAUGACCUUCGAGAUUUCUUAAUUAAGACGGAAUCUUUAGAUCAUUUUUUUUAUAUAAGAUUCAGCUUACUCUACGUAUACGGAAAAAAGAGCAGUUGAAAAAUUGAACUCAUGUCUGAGUAUUUAUUGCAUAUUGAGUAUACACCAAAUACACUCAAAGUUUACACUGAAUUUACACGGUGUAUAUGCGCACGAUAUAUACAGUGUUUACACCGAGUAUACACUAAAAAAAUUUUUGAAGUCCUCGGAAUAAAAGUUGUGAAGAAAAUUUUUUUUGAAAAAAAUUGAAAUAAAAAAAAAUCAAAUUUUGAAAAAAAAAUUAACAUUUUGAAAAAAAUUAAAAUUUUCAGAAAAAUUAAAAAAAACAUACACAUAAGGUAAAAAACCCUGUUGUUGACCAUGAUCCAGUUUCUGACCUUUUUAACUUUUUUCUAACUUACUUAAAAAACUAUAACUUUAAUAAGAAAAUCGAUUUUUUCUUAAUUUAUAGUUAUCUAUUCUGAGCCUAAUUAAUGGCAAUUUAAAAAACAUAGAAAUUAUUAACUGAAUAAAAAAAAUUGAUUUAGUCGGAGGUGGCUGACGAAACCAUUUUUUAAGUGUAGUCUAAGCAGUUGACGUUAGAAGGUGCGACAAUUGAAUCUGUGCACUAAUUAUCAUGUCAGUAAAAAAAUUUAAUUAAAAAUGUAUGGAUAGAUCAAUAUUUAAUUAAAAUGUAUUUUAAUAUACGGAUAAAACAUAUUAAAAUGAGUUUUGUUGCUAAAAUUUGAGGGUCAAUAACUAGGCUCAAUUUUAAAGGUGUGAAGACGUUGUUGACCCUCAAAUUCUAACCUACUACACGGAGAGAAAUUUAUGGUAACCGUUCCUAGUAUGUUUAUGAAAUAUCAUCCCAUACCGUUAUGGUAAUGAUUACUUGGAAUUAUGGGAUACAGGCCCAUAUUUUCUAGGAAAAGUUCCCAUAAGUAUGGGGACAAUUCCCAUUAUUAUGGUAACAGUUCCCAUAUCGCAUGGUAAUAGAAUUAUGGUAAUGAUUACCAUACUCUUAGGAAUAGUUCCCAUAAGCAAAUAGGAACCAAUCCUAUAACCACAUUGUAACGAUUCCUGAGUGCAUAUGGGAAUAAAUCCUAUAUAUUAUGGUAACCAUUACCAUACUAUUAUGGUGAUGGUUCCCUGGCGGUUUUGAAUCACCCUGGAAACAGCCUGGAAACUCGGUAGAAUCACGGUGGAUCCAGGAUGGUUACACGGUGGUUUUGUGCCAUUUUAUCAUCCUGAUUCCACGGUGGUUACACGGUGUUACCAGGAUGGUUACACGGUGUACCCACCCUGAUUUCACGGUGAUUACGCGGUGUACGUGGAAUCAGGGUGGGUACACCGUCUAACCACCGUGGAUCCACCGUGAUUCCAGGGUGUUUCCAGGGUGAUUCAAAAUCGCCAGGAUUACCAUAAUGUUAUGGUAAUGGUUACUAUAACAUUAUGGUAACCAUUACCAUAAUAGUAUGGUAAUGGUUACCAUAAUAUUAUAGUAAUGAUAACUACAAUAUAUGGGUACCGUUCCUAUAAUUAACACGGAGAUAAAUUUAUGGUAAAAAUUACAAUAUAUUAUGGGAGUGGUUCCCAUAAUGCAUGGUAACCGGUGUUUUUGAAAUGUUGAUUAUAGGACCGGUACCCAUAUAUUGUAGUUAUCAUUACUAUAAUAUUAUAGUAAUCGUUACCAUAACAUUAUGAUAACCGUUGCCAUAAUAUUAUAGUAACCGUAACCAUAAUAUUACGGUAACCAUUACCAUAGUUACAUAGUAACGAUUUCCAUAAUUCCAUAGAAACUAUUCCGAUACCUCCCGGGAAAAAAUGAUCAGGCCUGACCAUGCCUGUUCAAGUAUGAUCAGGCCUGAAAUUAGACCUGAUCAUGCCUGUUCAUGUAUGAUCAGGCCUGAAAUUAGACAUGAUCAGGCCUGAUCAUACCUGUCCAUGCCUAUCCAUGUCUGAGGCGUUAAAUACACUCAGGCCUGUUCAUGGCUGUUCAUGUCUGUUCAUGCCUGACCAUGUCUGUUCAUGUCUGAAGCGUUAUAUGCGUUCAGGCCUGAUCUUACCUUUCCAUGCCUGUCCAUGUCUGUUCAUGCCUGAAGCGUUAAAUACAGUCAGGCCUGAUCAUGUCUGUUCAUGACUGUUCAUGGCUGUUCAUGUCGGAAGCGUUAAAUACAGUCAGGUCUGAUCAUGCCUGAUCAUGUCUGUUCAUGGCUGUUCAUGGUUGUUCAUGUCUGAAGCGUUAACUACGCUCAGGACUGAUCAUACCUGCCCAUGCCUGGUCAUGUCUGUUCAUGUCUGUUCAUAGAUAUAAAAUUUUUUUGACAAAGAAUCUAUCACGUAUAACCCGGGAAAAAAGGAUCAGACCUGAUCAGACAUGAACAGGCAUGAGUCUUAAGACUUUCAGUACUUGAAGUUCGUACGAUACCUAUUUUUCAACUCAAUCUCUUAGGUCAACAGGUAACGAGGCGAACUUUCAAGCGCAAGGUCCACGGUUCGAAUCCUAAACACUCCCAUAUUUUUUAUUUUUUUUUUCAUUUUUAUAGAAAUAAUUAUAUAUAAUUGUAUAUAGUUAUGCAUAAUUAUAUAUAAUUAUAUAGGACCAUUUUUUAUAUAUAAUUGUUUUACCAGAAUGGGCAUGAACAGACCUGAUCAGACCUGAACAUGCCUGAUCAGGCCUGGUCAGGCAUGAUCAUUUUUCAUGUCUGAUCAGGCCUGAAGACUCAUGCCUGCUCAUGUCUGAUCAGGCCUGAACAUUUUUUCCCGGGCUUAUAGAAAUUAUACCCAUAAUUAUGGGAAUGAUUACCAUAAUAUAUAUGGUUUCUGUUCCUAUAAUCAACAUUUCAAAAAAACCGGUUACCAUGCAUUAUGGGAACCAUUACCAUAAUAUAUUGUAAUUGUUACCAUAAAUAUCUCUCCGUGUACGAACGGGGUUAUCCACCUUAGUAGCAAUUUGGUAAAAGCCUUGUGCCAGCAUGGAUCAAGAUACUAUAGAAAGAUUUUAGAUCAAGAAUUGUACAAGAAUUGGUCCAGAUUCUUGACCAAGAGUAUUGGUCAAGACUUGAGCCAGACUGAGGUCAGAAUUUGACCAGAAAUCUGGGGCCAUCUAUUGCUAAACUUUGGGACUAUCCUAUAGAGUAGAGGUUCUCAUUCUACAAUAGUUUUAUUUACACUCGUUGUCAUUAAUGCCUGGUCCCCCAGACUAUAGAAUCUUAGCCAUACAGGGGACCAGGCAUUAAUGACAACGAGUGUACAAUACUGUAGUCGAGAAGUGAGUUCUCUGUAGAAAAUGAAUCUAGUUUUUUAUAAAUACGAGUGACAGCUUAUUGAAUUUGUUAUUAAAUUUGACAAGACAUUUUUUUU